UCGGUGCUUAAGGAGACCAUCACCACAAAAAUGCUCCCUACUUUGCCCUCACCCACUUUUUCACCUCAAAAGAUAGUCACCUUCAUCGUAGCGUUAGACCAAAAUGGCCUUCCUUCUUUAUUUGUUUCACCUGAUGGAUUGAUUACAGCCAUGGCCUACCGCUUGCCUCAUGUUGCUUCUUUUGCAAAACCUCAAGCCUCUGCUGCUAGAGCCAACUGUGGAUCACAGGCAUCUAAUGCUCCACAAUUGGGAUCCAAAACUGUUUCCAGAGGUUUAAAUUCAUCACUGAAGCUUCUAAUGAGCAAUUGUUCUUUUUUUUAUUCUUUAACAGCUUUCACAGUGGCAUGUGCAUUUGAGUGUUUGGGGUUGGAGUAAUGACUGGAUUGGAGUACCAGAGAUAAAGGUGGGGUUUGAUGUUCAGGAAGUGAGAGCCAUGAGACUGAGAAUAGGGUUUUUUAUGUUCUAAUGGACCUUUUGUUAUUUGUUUGUGAUCUA